UCCUCAGCAAGAUGGCUGCAUUGCUGCGCGCAAUAGUGGCAUCCUGGUGAAAUGACGCAAGCCACAGUUUACGUUCGGUCCUCGCGGCUCUGAGCUCGAGCUCUCCAGUCUCCAUAGCGCAGAUCCCGCCCGACACACAGCCGGAAGACUGACCGGCUGUCCUCCUCCACUGGACCGAGUGGAACCGGUUCAUUUGAGUGAGAGUGCGAUGAGGAGAAGUUUCAGAGUGUGAGGCCAUGGGCUGCACCUCGGCCAAGCAGGUGUCGGCCGUGCCCAACGAUGAGGAGGGACGCGGCAAGGCCUACAGCAACGGAGACCUCUUGACUGAUGAAUACAAGAAGGGAGUGGAAGAGGUGAAGUACAUGAGAGGGGAUGAAAACCGAGUGAAUGCACGCAACCAGGAGAACCUGGAGAAGAGUAAUGUCCAGCACAAGGGCAAACAGCAGAAAGAGGUUCCUGCACCAAACAUCAAAUCUAAUAUUCACACGUCAGAAAGCCAGCAGGAAUUUUUCAGGAUGCUGGAUGAGAAGAUUGAGAAGGGGCGAGACUACUGUUCGGAAGAGGAGGAGGAAGAUGGGACAUAGCACAGAGGCCCCAAAAGUCACCCCCAGAGAGGGCCUCACUGAGUGUGCGUGUAUGUGUGUGUGUGUUAAUACAUGUGUGCUUAUGUGUGCCUGAGAGAGAGAGAGGGAGAGAGAGAGAGAGAGAGAGCGCUAAAUCAGUGUUUAACCAAUGGGGUGUUGACAGGACACUUUAUGUUGGUAUGAUUUCGUGAGUUUUUGAACAUAUGGCAAAGAUAAUACUUUAAAUACAAGUGAAAGAGUGGGGGAUGCUUGAAAGAAAGAGAGAGAGAAAGAGAGAGAGAAUGGCAUAAAGAAAACUUUCUUCAGAGACUACAGCCUUCCUCACUUAGCGCCUCACCCCUUCAGGCCCUGGGUGGAUAGAUGGAGGUGGCGAGUGAUGAAGGGACAGGCAGAUGAAAGGAGGGAGAGAUGGAGAACGACGUGGUAACGGAUGUGCACACAUCGCGUGAACUGAGUGAAGGAUUCGCCUCCAUCGGGUCAGGCACAGUUAUUUCCUCGAGCUGGAUAAAGGCGGCUUCGCGACCCUCCAUCUGUCCUCCUGUCUGUCCGUCUAUAUUUAGCCCCCGCAAUUGGACAAAAGAAAUUCACAAAUCUGGAGGCCCAGUAAGGAGGAACAUCUUGGUGGGUGUGGAGAAGUAAGGAAGCCCAGAGAAGAAGCGGAGCUGAAGGCAGAGGAGGUAUCGAACGCUACCAGGAUUCACACUGGACUAUUUGGCCUACCUUCAGUCAGGCUGGCCUGGGCUGUGACAGACUGAGAGAAUGGGUGAGGGAGGCAGAGGGAAAAUUCUGGGGAUAUUUUAAUAAGAGAGAAUAGGGAGCGAGCUGGUGAUUUAGAACUCAACUCCUCCGCCUUGAAGUCAAGGACCCUUUUUUUUUUUUUUUUUUUUUUUUUUCCUUUUAAAAAAUUUUUUGCUUUGUUCCUCAGCCAAUCAUUCAGUUAUAUCUUUCCCGUUUUCGAUGUUCUUUUCUUCUGUUUGUUUUAUUUUGGCUUCCAUUGUAGCGUAUCCUCAUCAAAGCCAUUAUCGUCCUCAUCACCACAGCAAUCAAUGAGUGAAGCUGCAUAAUUCACCGCAUCUGUGUCUCAACCCAUCCAUCCUCCGCCAUUUACCAGAAUCUGGCAGAUCCACGCUAACACGCACUUGCAGGCUAUUCUUGUAUAUAUGGUAGCACACUCCCGUUCCAGCACACCGCUGCAUAUUGAUAUGAAUCACACAAACACAUUAUUGUGUUCUCCUUAUUUCACCAGCAGACUGUCACGUGCAUCAGUCAGAGGUUUUCCAUAUAGCUCCGCAUUUCUGUUUGGCUCAGUGUUCUCAUAUACAGACACACAAACAAACACAUCCAUACACAUGCUGGCACUGAAGCAGCAAACUGGGCUGAGCUUGAGGGGAGGAUGCAUGGUUGCCGUGGAGACACAGACUUAAUCACUUUUUUUUUUGGUUUGUUUUUUUGUUUGUUUUUGUUGCUGUUGUCAUCUUUUCUGGAUACUUGCUGUUGUAUUAUUUUAAAUACUUUUUUUCUAUUAAAAUAAAAAAAAAAAGCGCAGAAG